AUGGCGUUCAUCACCAGCCUCGUCCUUCUCGCCGCGCCCAUCGUGGCCAUCAAGAUCUGGGAGACUCCAGCCGAACUGGGGACCGGUAUCCCCGCUGGAUGUCGCGCAGCACUGACGACGAACAUCACCUGUCCCAUGCGGUUGGUUACGGCUCCUGAAAUCGUCAGCGAGGCACCCAUCAAUUCAACCUGGCUCGCUGAGUAUUGUACACCGGAAUGCAGGGACUCUGUGCAGAGCUUUGCGAAUCUGGUCGGAACCCGGUGCGGCGAUACGGUCUACUCGUUUGGGAACAGCACGGAGCAGUCGGGGAACGAUAUUGCCUUGCCUCUGCUGUGGGCGCAGAACAUGGCUUGCUUGGAGGACUCAGCGCAGGGAGCACUGUGUCUGCCAGAAAUUACAGACCAUGCUGUCGAAGCCUGUGAUGACUGCACUCUUCAAUACCUGGCGGGGAUGCUCAACUCGACUUACGGCCACCAGAUAGUUAGCGAAGGGUCCUUUUCGUCGUUGGUCUCUUCCUGCAGUGCUGCGCCUACGGACUAUCCCCAUGGAACCGUGACCUUUCCGCCAGCGCCUACCAGCACCUCCAACUCAUCGGCCCCUUGCAUUGGAACAGCGUACACUGCGGUCGAAGGGGAUACAUGCGAGUCCAUUGCGGACGAGAACGGGGUCUCCUACUACCGCCUUCUCAGCGACAACUCACUCGACCUGGACUGUGAGACCCUGACUGUGGGGAUGGACUUGUGUAUCGGCGAUGCCUGCACACUGUACACGGUCACGGCCAACGACACCUCCAGCUGCAACACCAUUCUAGCCGACAAGUCCUACACCCUGACCGAACUCCUCGCCUGGAACCCCAUCCUGCAUUCCGACUGCGGCAACAUGGCCUCCCUAUCCGGGCACACAAUCUGCAUCUCACCCCCCGGGUCAGGCGAAUGGGACAUCCCCAUCACAGUCACCUACACCGAGAUAUUCACAACCCCAGCCGGCGACUGGGUGACAGCCCCGGCAGCCACCCAAGCACCAAACACCACGCGGACGGACCCCUACGCGCUGCAGCCCAUCGGCACGCUUACAGCAACGGCAAACAUGACGGCGUACAGCCUCAGCGUGGCGAUGGCGACGGCGUGUCCUAUUUCCGAGGAGGACUACGAACGCGGGUUUGAGUGGGAGCUGCUCCCGUUUGAUUGUAGUGAGGUUAUGGAGCUGUAUUGUGAGCCAGACCCUGAUAGCCCGGCGCCCGAGGAGACGACCUUUGAGCCGAGCUGUAUGCCCAGUGUGAUUAUGGGGUGGUAG